AUGAAGGAGAAUCUGCAACAGAUGGAUGAAGCCGAGUCUGUUCACGGCAGAGAGAUGGAGGAGGCUCGCCACAGCUCGUCCAUUGAGACUGCUCAGGGAGGUGAGGCCCACAGAUCAUCCAGGGUCCAUCACGAGGAGACUGUGGGUAGGAGGAGAUGCACAGGUGGAGGCGGUGGAGAGGAGACGCAGACGGGUGGAGAAGAAAGGAUGCUCUGUCCAGCAGAAUAUGAGAAGGAGGAUGAAGGGAGGAGGGGGAGUGAUGAUAAACUGCAGCUGGAAGAAGAGUGCAAGCAAAAGGUUUUGGGGGUGCUGAAGGAGAUGAGAGUUUUUCACUCAGAGAGAGUGACAGCAUGGAGAGAGGCCCUCAGAGAGUGUGCCUGCAUGCUCAGUAAGUAUCCACCAGGGGGCGGUGAUCAGCAGGAUGCAUCAACAGCAGACUCCUUCAGUGAUACUUUCCAGAGCGUGUCGGAGGACUUCGAGAACAUUACGAAAAAACUGAGCACGAUCGUAACCAAACUGGAAGCAGAAGUUCUCCGUGUGUCUGCGGAAGAAGCCUCAGGUGUGGAUGUGGCGCUUCACGAAACCAGAGACCCAGAAACCUCAGCUCCACCUGAAGACGGCAGAAACCGCCCGAGCCUUCAGGAUCCACUCGACUCUGACUGCGAACGGGAGGCUGAGGAUGAAAGGGAUCAAAGGAGUCCGUCACCAAACACUGAACAAACAGCCGACACAAGAUUCAGCGGUUCCAGCAAUGUGAAGGACACUGGGGGAGAACUGGAGGUCAGAGGUCAAGUGGGUGAUAAUGAGGAGGGCUGUGUGUCUCCGGUGAGUCAGACGGAUUUACUGAAGGAGACGGACAAGGACACAGAGAGGACGAAUGUCAAGGUCAAAGAGGAGACAAAGAGCGAAUGGACCACUGUCGGCUCCACACCUCUAGAAAUAGAACAUUUCUGCUACAAAUUCUACAAUGUUAAAUAUUAUUGUAUUUGUAUUUUUGGAAUAAUAUCCAGGCUCACUGGUACAAUGGAGGACGGCCAAUCACACGUGCCAGACGCGUGCUUUAUCAGGGCGCCUGUGGGUGCGGCUGAAGUCCUGAGCUGUGAAAUCGCCGAUGCCCUCAGCUGCCUCAUGGUGACCGGGGCAGAGGAGCUGGUCAGCAGAGUGAUCCGGGUCAAGGUUCAAGGCCGAGCCAACUUCCACUUCCCCGUGACCUUGGUCGUGCCUUUCUGCGCACGUUACCGGGGCAACUACCGGGAUGUCGCUGUGAAAAUAAUGGACGAGGAGAGAAGGGCGAGUUACGUCACUCCGGCAACAACAGAGGGAACGUAUGGAGGACAGAGGGGCUCAUUUGCAGAGGUGAGGGUCUACACCUUAGGCCUCUUUGCGGUGGUUUCCUGUCUGAAAAGAGAAAACUACACAGUUCCCAGAAGGGGUCUGUCACUCAAGCUCUCGAUGGACCCCCGCAUUUGUCUCAGCUACCUCCCAGGAGCCUUUGCCGCUCCAGUGAUGGCACAAACCACGAUCCAGCCUGUGGACACCGUCCUCCUGGCGGCCGUCAAGUCCAGAAGUGAUGUCUAUUAUUAUUCGGUGGCGUCCACGAGCCCGCUGCUCUACCUCGCCCACCCGAGCUCGCAGCCCCUGAGGAGACCCCUCACCGUCACCCUCCCCUGUCCCCCGAACCCGGAGAGAAAGAGGGACGUGAGGGGACGAGGGAAACAGACGCAGCAUCACCACAGUGGACCUGUUGCUCCAGCUUGGGAUCAACCUGCUUCCAAUAGAGACUUUCACUUGCAAAUGAUUUGUUUUGAUGUCUUUGUCUCUGUCAGUGCACUUGGUGCCUCCCUGAAGUCCCCAAAGGAGACGUCCAAUGAGCUGCUCGUAGUUCUGGUGUCAAGGGACAAGCAGUGGAGCGUCCUGGAGAGAGUGACAGUCAGGAACCUGCAGAACGGGCUGGCGUCCUUCGAGCUGACAGAGAACUUUGACAGACUGCUGCUGGUCCGUCUCCUCUCCCCCCUGCAGCCCCCCCACCUCACCUCCCUGGCCGAGCGGCUGGAGGAGUCGGUGGGCUGCCACGCCGUCACCGUCGUCCUCCAGUGCCGCCGAGACGAUCCCCACGCGGCCCUGGUGGCGGCCCUGCCCAGCCGGGACCUCAGCUGGGAGCUGAACAAACUGGGGGCCCAGGGCUACGGCGGCCCGCUGGAGGCCUCGUCCGACAUCUCCAUGUGCGAGGGGGACCAGCUCCUGCUGCGUUUCAGCGGCAACAUCACGUCCACAAGAACUCAAAACAACCCAAAUGACGUCCCACACGAGAGACUCACCUUUCACACCCAGCGCACGAAUCACCUCCUGGUGCGUCUGACCGAAGUGGACCCCUUUGGGAACUACAGCUCGCCUCACUACAAGGGGACGGCCAUGUUUUACAAGGUCACCAGAGGUCAGCUGGAGUGGCAAGGGGACGGAGCCGCCCGGAUGGACAUGAAGCCGCUGGGAGACCCCGUGUGUGCGCUGUCUCUGACUUUACCUAAGAAAGUGCGGAGCGUCAAUCGGCUCGUGACGGCGAGGGUGAAGUUAUGUGAGGAGACAGACUCCCUGUCAGACUCUCUCCUUCUGUGGUUGGCCGGCGAGCUCUCGGAGGAGGAGGUGGCCGAGCUGGUUCUGUCCCUGCGUCUCCGCCGCAGCGCUGCCCAGCUGGUGAGGCUGCGGGCCGGGGACAGCCUGACCUCCCAGGCCUUCCAGGUCCUGGCCACCUGGAGGAGGGGGCUGCCCGCCGCCCCCCACCAGCUCAAGGCCUCUCAGCUGGCUCGCUGCCUGGCCAAGAGCGGCCGGCCGGACCUGGCCCGAGAGCUGCUGCUGAGACAGGCCGCAGCCACCAGGCAGGGCUCACUGACAUAGGAAAGAGAAAUCACAUC